GACCGUGUACAUAAUUCAGCAUCAAAAUGGCGGACAAGGUAGAAAAUGUACAGGCUGAGCAUGCUGGAAUUCCUAAAGCAGUUUUCGUGGAAGAUGUAGAUGCAUUUAUGAAAUUGCAAGAAAAUGAAGUUCCAGAAACUGUUCUUAAACGAUUAGAUGAACAACAUAAUAAAUACAAGUUUAUGGAAUAUAAUCUUAUGACAAAAAGAGGCAGACUUAAGAGUCAAGUGCCAGAUAUAAGAAGUACACUAGAUAUUGUCAAACAUAUGAUUUCAAAAAAGGACUCUUCUGAAACCCUGGAGACGAGGUUUCUUUUGUCUGACCAGCUAUAUGCAAAGGCCAAAAUUCCACCAACAGAUAAAGUGUGUUUAUGGUUAGGGGCCAAUGUUAUGUUAGAAUAUACCAUAGAUGAUGCCGAAGCACUUCUAACCAAAAAUCUUGAGGCAGCUACUAAAACACUAGCUCAGGUAGAGGAAGAUUUGGGCUUCCUGAGAGACCAAACAACAACAAUAGAAGUCAACAUGGCACGUGUAUAUAACUGGGACGUUAAGCGCCGGCAAGCACUGAAAUCUGCUACUGCUGCACCAACCCCCACUGCUACUCCAUCCUCCUGAUGAUUGUCAAGACUUUGUUCUGAGCUAGUUUGUGAACAACCGUACACCUCCUGGCAAUUUUCUGAAGGUUUUACUGAGUAACACCCACUCAUCUUUAGUACAUAAACAGUCAUGUCAAUGUGUGCAUGUGUCACAGCACUUAGACAAUUUUUUUUUCUCAUUCUUUGGAAUGCUAGAAGUGUUGAAGCUUUGAUGUAGUUGAUGGAGCAGAGAAUUUGGACAGACCCUGGAUGUUGAGGAUUUGCACAUUGCCAUGAAGACUGAAAAUGGCAGUCAGACCUGCAUUCCAUGUGAUUUUUUUCUUCAUGCAUUGUUUUGGGGAGACAAUUACAAUAAUUGGAGUUUCAGUUUAAAGUUCUUUAUGCUAGGUAGACAUAGGUCAUAUAAGAGAAAAGGCAUAUGAUUUAUCACAUGAAAAUGCUUCACUGACCUAAAAUCGGGUCACACGCAAGGGAUGUUUGUUGAUACAUCUUCAUAUGGCAGAGGCAAUGUCCAGGCAUGAAUUUUGUGAUCUGAAGUCCUAGUAAAUUUGAGCAUUUGUUCAUCUGCAGAUGUACUCUGUUUUAUUAACAGAAUCUUUUGUAAUAAAUUUCUCUACCAGUGUG